CUCGCUCCUUUGCAGUCACCUCCUCGUACUCAUCCCUGCACGCAAACUACUCGAUAACGUUACUCAUUGCUCGUUUGGGCUAGACACGACGACAACGACAGACACGACACUGCGAGGCCCUUUGGUUACCCGAGACAAAACUUGUUGCAACGCCUCGAGUGUUUGUGAUUGAUUCAACUGCGCGCUCUCCAUCGCACAUUCAUUUGUUUACUCCACUCCACCUCACUCCACCAACGACCAUGUCGCGCGACGACUCGGACGACGAGCGCCAGCCCCCGCUGACCGCCUUUGUCAACUUCCCCUCGCCAUACACCCAGACGCUGCUGCUCCGCGCGCUGGCUGCGACGUUGCCGGCCGUUAACAUUACCGUCCUGCCGCCCGACGAGAAGAACCCGCCGAGGCUGCAAUGGGCAGACUACGACCUCAUGUCCUUUGACAAGCCGCACGCCGACCCGUCGUACCAGAUCUCGUCGUACAUUUACCGCAAGGCGCUCAUCCGGAAACACCAGCUGCACUCCACGGUGCAGGAGUACCUCGCCAAGGCGGACCACCGUGGCGAGAAGAGCGUGCUCGCUGCCCCCGAGAAUGGCGGCGUCGGCGGCAUGCCAAAGGGAUGGACGAUUGAUAUCCAGUUUGCCGACGAGCUCGACGAGCUGCUGCUCGACGAUCUGUAUGAGCUUGCCCAGGCGAUGCAGCUCAACGAGGGGGACGGGGACGAGAAGCGGUGGUUCAUUCUCAAGCCGGGAUUCGCGGACAGAGCACAGGGAAUCAGGUUGUUUUCGACCGAGGACGAGCUCCGCGAAAUCUUCGAGGAGUUUGAGCCCGAGUCCGAGGACGAGUUUGAGGACGCCGAGGACGGUGAGGACCACGACGACGCCGCACUGGCAUCCUCCACCAAGGCUGUCACCUUGAAUGAUGACGACGACGAGGACAAGGACGAAGGAACGGCCGUGCAGACCUCGCACCUCAGGCACUUUGUCAUCCAGGAAUACCUCCCCCGCCCGGUCCUGUUCGACCUGCUCGAGCACCCUGGUUCGCCUCCCCGGGGACAAAAGUUUCACCUGCGCGCCUAUGUCCUCGUGACGGGCAGCUACACUGUGCACCUUUCGCGGACGAUGCUGGCGCUGUUCUCCGGCGCGCUGUAUUCCCAGCCCACGAGCUCGGCGGACGGCGAGCCAAUCGACCUGAGACCACACCUCACCAACACGUGUCUCCAGACCGACGGCUUUGGUGCGCCCGUGCCCCAGGAAAACCUUGUGCGGCUCUUCUGGGACCUCCAAGGCCUCACUGCGCUGUCAUCAAACGACGGCGGAUACUCGCCCAAGGGCACCGUCACGCGCGAGUGGCUCGACGCAACGUUUGCCAAGGUCGGCGAGGUCGUCGCCGAGGCCGUCAAGGCGGGCGCCGAGUGCGGCUCGUUCGGGCUGCAACUGAUGCCUAAUGCGUUCGAGAUCUUCGGUGUCGACCUGAUUUUGUCUCACCCGCCGUCGACGGGUGGCUCAAGCACACCGACGACCCCAACGCCCAUCACGGCGCCGAGCACGCCGGCGGUCCCUGCGCCCGGAGACGCGUUCAGCGCCACCCUCCCAGCGCUCGCCGUGCCCGAUGUCACGCUGCUCGAGUUCAACGCGUCGCCCGAUUUCCACCAGUCGGGCGAGGUGCUCCGCCCUCGCCUGCUCGAGAUGUUCAAGGGCGUCGUGCGGUUGUCGAUUGCGCCGUUCUUCGGCAUCGAUGCCGAGCCAGGCAAUGAGCCGGUCAAGGAGGGCCCGAUGAAGCUGGGUGAGGAGAGAUACGACUGGCGUCUGGUUGGUCAGGGCGAGAUCCGGGGGAACUGGGCAUAGCGGCGUGGCAUAGUAUCUUGUCUUCUUGUCUUGUCUUGUGCGUCGUGCUUUAGAGCUGCAUCUGCAUGCAUAUUGCUUGCUUGCUGUGAGUUGUCGCGGCAUCGACGCCGGCCCAGCGUAUCCGGCGACUCCGGCGAAGGCCGACCGACUGACCAGGCGAACGCCGACGUCAUAAGCUCCAUCUCUC